UUGUCUAAGAUUAAUUUAGGAAUUAGAUAUGCGAAGAAUGUCAGUUGCAAGUUAUAAUAACUCAUCUGCAAUUGUCCAAUAGCAUAUAAACUCAAGUUGACAUGCAAGCUGGAAUUGUUUGUGAAGGCCUGGUGUUAUUAUCCCAAAAAAAAAAAAAAAAACUCAAGAAUGUGGAUAAAGAAAGACCAAGUUUACGGUGCAGAAUUGGUUGACUGGACUUUCGUGCAUAUACUACAAAGACGGAAGAGACUGCUCUACCGGUAACAACAUCUCACCAAUCAGAACUACCAAACAACUCUAUUGCAUUUGUCUCCCUUCUGGCAAAGAGAGUAUGGCUGAGGCGGUAGUUUCCUUUGUGGUUGAAAGGCUGGGAGACUUCAUCAUCCAAGAAGGGAAGUUCUUGUAUGGAGUCAGCGAUCAAGUUGAGCUUGCACAAACUGAGCUACAAUUAAUGAAGGGUUUCCUCAAAGAUGCUGAUGCAAGACAAGGAGAUAAUGAAACUGUUCGUAUCUGCGUUGCAAAAAUCAGAGAAGCUGCUUAUGAUUUGGAAGAUGUCAUUGAAAUCUAUGCCUUGAAAGUGGCUUGCAAGAGGGAGGGAGGUAUUAAGAGUGUGCUGAAGAGGUUUGGUUGCAUGUUGAAGGAAGGAGUUGAUCUCCACAAGAUUGGGGCGGAAAUCGGAGUCAUCACCACCAAUAUUUCUAAUCUGAGGUCGAGUUUGCAAACUUACAACAUUAGAGUACUAAGGGAGAGUACUGAAGGUGUCACUUCUGUGUAUGAGAGGCAGCAGCAACUCAGACGAACUUAUUCUCAUAUAAUUGAUCGUGAUGUUGUUGGGUUGGAGGAGAGCGUGAGAGAAUUGGCUGUGCAUUUGGUUAAGAGUGGAGACAGCCACCGAGUUGUUUCUAUUUGGGGGAUGGGGGGGUUGGGGAAAACAACUCUUGCAAAACAGGUGUAUCAUGAUAGUGAAGUUCGGCAGCACUUUGAUUCUUUUGCUUGGGUGUGCAUAUCUCAACGAUGUCAAGUAAGAGACGUUUGGGAAGAGAUCUUGAUUAAAGUUUCUGCCCUGCAAAGAGAGGAGAUUGCAAAAAUGAAGGAUGGUGAAAUAGCCAAGAAGCUUUAUCUUGUGCAACAAGAGAGUAAAUGUUUGGUAGUAAUUGAUGACAUAUGGAGUGUUGGGACAUGGGACACUCUGAAAGCUGCAUUUCCUUUGUGUGAGGAAACCAAGAGCAGAAUAUUACUCACCACUCGCAAGGAAGAAGUAGCUUUGCAUUCAGAUAGAAAUGGUUUCCUCUUCCGGCCUCGACCACUAAAUGAUGAUGAAAGCUGGCAACUGUUGGAGAAGAUAGCAAUAUCUGGAAGAGAUGAAAUAAAUUCUGGAAUCUCUACUGGAAUCUCCACAAGGAAGAAAGAUUUAGGAAAGAAGAUGCUUCAGUACUGUGCAGGUUUGCCAUUAGCCAUCACUGUGCUUGCAGGACUUCUUGCAAGAAAGGACACAGUUGAUGAGUGGGAUAUGGUGUAUAAAAAUGUUCAUACAUACAUUGGAAGAGGCAAAGGCCACGAACAAGAAUGCAGCGGUGCAUUGUGGGUGUUGGCAUUGAGUUAUGAUGACUUACCAUAUCACUUAAAACCAUGCUUUCUGUAUUUAGGUAAUUUUCCUGAAGAUUCUGAUAUACCAGUGAAAAAAUUGACUCAAUUAUGGAUGGCAGAAGGUUUUAUAUCUGCAUCACAUGAGACAAUGGAGGAUGCAGCAUACGGCUAUUUAACUGAGCUGGUAGAAAGAUGUGUGGUACAAAUUGGGGAACAGGGUUCAGUUAGAAAGAUUAAAUCUUGUCAUCUGCAUGAUCUCAUGCGAGACAUGUGCUUAGAAAAGGCGAAAGAGGAGAACUUUCUCCAGAAUGUCGAUUUUUCACAUCAAAACAGGACUCCUGUUUCUUCUUCCAUGGUCACCAAUGCUACAGCAACGGUUAAAGUUCGAAGACUUGCAAUUUAUCUGAAUAGUAAUGUUGAUGAGUUGGUUCCAUUGAGACACCACAAAGACAGCCACCUUCGGUCUCUAUUGUACUUUGCCCCAGGAAUUUGGAAUCUCAAAGAUGAGAAAUUAGUAAGAUCGUUGGUUAAGAAGUUCAAAUUGCUUCGAGUUUUGAAGCUUGAAGGUAUGCUAACAUCAGUAGAACUGCCGAAUGAGAUUGGCAACAUGGUCCACUUAAGAUUUUUGAGUCUGUGGUAUAGUAUAACAAGGCUUCCAUCGUCACUAGGUAAUUUGAGAUGUUUGCAAACUCUCAAUUUAAAGUUAUGUAACUGUCAGGUAGUUCCAAAUGUGAUUUGGAAGAUGGAACAACUGAGGCAUUUGUAUUUACCCUUGUAUUGGACCUCACAUCCAAAAUUGCGCCUGUCUACUCUUCGCAAUUUGCAGACUUUAGAUUAUGUUUCAAGUCUCUGUUCUGACCUGACUGAUCUCUCUGAGUUAAGAAACCUGAGGAAACUGGGGAUACGAGUGACAACCAGCUUGGAAAAGUUGGAAGAAAUUUUGAAAUCUAUAAGCAGCACACUUGAUGGCAUUCGAUCUCUCUAUGUUUUCAGUUGGCUUGGAACUAAUAGUGGUACAGAGGUUACACAAAUAGUGUUGAGUUGUCGUCAUAUAUACAAGUUGGUUUUGAAUGGGCGAACUGUAGAGUUGCCAAACGAUCGUCAUGACUUUCCAAACCUCACAAAGAUAACAUUGGUUCACUGUGAUCUCAAGGACAACCAAAUGGCUGUGCUAGAGAAGCUGCCAAACCUAAAAACUCUUUGCCUGAUGGAGGAGACUUUCGAGUACAAGAAUACAAAGACACUUGUUUUCUCCAGCGGUGGCUUUCCUCAUCUUGAAUGUCUUUCACUUAUUUGCAUACGAGAAGCAGAGGACCUGAAGGUGGAAGAAGGGGCCAUGCCGAGUCUCUGCCGUUUGUACAUAGACCGUUGCCGCAAAUUGAAGACAAUUCCAGAUGGGCUGAGAUAUGUUACUAGCCUCAAGAAACUAACCGUAGCAAUGCCUAGAUCAUUCGUUAGCAGGCUUCAAGUUGGAGGAGAGGAUUACUAUAAAAUCCAGCACGUGCCUUCUGUUGUACUCACGAGUUAUGACUAGUGCAGGAAGAUCAAAUCGAAGCGGGGAUGAGCGCAGAUCCCGAUAGGGAUAGUCCGGUGAGGAUUGAGAGUGCGAUGCAGUCGGCGGAGAACGAGGCGCACAAUUGGCAGGAGCCGAGGAGGGUUGGGGGGGAACUGGGCGAGGGGAUCGGAGAGCAGGGAAAACGAAAACGACGCCGUUGGGGUUGAGUCGGUAUACGCCGCUGUUCGAGAUACAUGAGGUGUUUGCCGAUGCUGACAUUGGAGGAUCUUAAAGAUAUGGGGAUAAACGCCGUGUGGGAUCCAGGCGGAAAAUGUACAGUGCUAUCCAGAAGCUUCGCAAGGGGUUUUCGUGAGUCUUGCUUUCCUGCUCUCAUUUUCUCUUUUUCUUCUUUUGUUUGUACUUGUUUUAGAGAAAUAGUGUAACCUUAUCAUAAACCCUUCGGCCAUGGAAGAAAUGGUGGAAGAAGUGCUUGUCUGACAGGGCCUUGGCCAUAUUUUCGCUCCUAAUAACAAUGAUAACCGUAACCUGCAUUGCAGUUGCCAGUUUUCAGUA